GCAGCGCAAAACGUUUUCCCGCUCAAGACGCAGAGAAGCCGCGUGGUCGCUCAACGAACGGAAGGAGGAGGAAACCAAAGUCGGUCGGACGACGGAGUCUUCACGUUUAACAAAGGAGUAGCAGAGAAGGAAGAGAAAUCAUGGAUCAAAAGGACAAAAGCCGCAAUGCCCGCGCUCCCCUCAAAAGUGGCGAGUCUCCCAAAGAGACCAGGAAAACAGCGUCACGUGAACCGCCGCAGCGAAGCUCGUCUGCCGCACGGUCCUCCGUGACAACGCAGAAGCAGUCCACCAGGUCAAGCCGCACGCUGACAAAAGAAGAACGCCGACGCCUCGCUGCGGCGGCUGUGCCAGCGCCCGCUCAGGUCACCAUAGACGCGCUCGCAUCGAUCAACUACGCCGCGUUCAAGCAAAGGUCACUGACUGCGCGGCAACGCCGGGCGCGCAUGAUGAAAGAUUUUCUUGCCGCUCACAACAUGGGAGCGCAGCACAUCGACGAAGAGUGGAAAGAGGCGCAUGACGCACUGUGGAACAACUACAUGCACUCCUCCUACGCCCCGCAGAGCCGUGAAAUUCAGCGACUGAUGGACAAAGUUCAGCAGACCGAACUGCACUAUCAGCAGCGCCUGCAGCACGCCAACGCCAUCACAAGCUGUGUCAUGAGCGGCAUUGAGGGGCUGUUGACGCGCAUGACCGAGUCCGGCAUGAGCAUCAGCGCGCAGACGCAGGUGCUAUCGGGGGAUCCAGACCCAGUCCUGGCAACGAGUGCUGAUGGAGUUGCGAAGGCUGCCACGAAUGAGCCGAAUGAGAAGGAACAGGGGAUACCGCACGAGGAGGUGCGCGACUACGACCCGAGCCAACCGCUCCCGCAUCCCCCAGCGUUUCGCUUCGGCGAGGCAGACCAAGAGGAAGUUACGCGAGUGAAGAAGAUAUUCGAGCGCGCCGUGGCGAGCAUCGCAGCGCGGAAGCAGCACGGGAACGGCGCUGACGCCUCGCUCUCUUUUUCCUCCAACAAACCAGCCAGAGAGGACGAUGGAACGCUGCAGAACACCAUGGUGUUUCCCGAGUCCGAGGCAGCGCAUGAAGCAGAUACACCGCACACAGAAUGCGCCAAGACAACAGAGGACGUGCUUUCCAGCAGCACCGUUGCGGACGCAGAACGUCUUCGCCAGGUAAACGAACUCCAUCAUGAACUGGACCGCGUCGGUGAAGCUUUCGUGACCCUCGUGAAGCGGGUCGAGGUGCGGCACCAGCAGUACCAAGCCAAGAUCGCGGCCCAGCGUGAGGCCCUGGAUGAUGCGGCGACGCGCACAAAGCUGGCGGAUGACCUGUUGCGUGGCACCAUCGCCCAAGGCGAGGUAGAGGCGGGCAGCGCAGUGGUGGAGGUGCAAAAGUUGUCGCUAAAGCUGCACCGCCGCAUGGUCGCAAGUGAAGUCGCGAUGCAGGCCGCAUUGGACACACUCAUUAAGGAGAGUGCAGAGGUGUGUGUGGCGAAUGGGGCGCUGCACGACCACGCCGCCCUCACACUCAACCGCGAAAACUGCCUGUACGCGUACAUGUCUCGGAUGGAGCGAGAGGUGGUGGAACAGGCGGACGUGCUGCGGCAGGCACAAGAUACCGUCACGCACCUUUGGAGACGCGUACAUACACCGGCACAGCUUCAGCAGCAUCAGCAAACGCAGUCUGCGGCACCCAACGAAACUGGGAAAGCGGACAGCAGCAGCUUCGCCGUUCCAAACACAAGUAUCGAAAAUAGGAAUCUCUUCCCUCCCCAGUAUCAAGAGGUGCUCCGGCAGAGCGACCGAUCCUCCUUGCUGGAACUCGCGGAGAGGAUUUCCCAGCACAGCACCGAAGUCGCCGCACUCGCGGUACGCGUUUUGGAUGAGCAGCAAGCCCGUGCCACGCUGCAUCCCGUGGAGGCCGCUGCCGCGCGUGAGGCCCAUUUGCGUACUGUGUCCACGCAGCAACUGCUGGAGAAGCUAGACGCCGAGGGCUACCUGCGCUCGAACGAGCGUCAGACGACGUUGCCGCUGUCGGAGCGCGUCACCCGUCUCGUUACGCAGUACGACGCCUACGUCGACUUCAACGAGCAAUACGCGCGGGCGUUGGUGCGGCAGGCAGAUGUGGUGCGCCGCGAGCAGUCGCCCAGUCAGUUCGCCUUCUUCGAUUCUCGUACCCCCGUCCCGGGGCUGAAGAGCGCGGCCACCUCGACACCCGCCGCACCAGUCAAGUCGGUGAGUAGAAAAGCAGCGGCCCCGACGACCGACGCCGCGGCGUCGGCCACCAAAACGUGUGCGCCCGACACCUACACGGACUCCUCGGUGUCACUCCCGUACCUGCAGCUCUGGGAGGGUAAACAGCGGGAGGCGCAGCAGCGGCAGCGCGAACUCGUCACGGCAGCCGGCGACUUAAGCACAACGAAUCCGGCGAACUCCGUCGACAUCGGUCAAAUCGUAAACUACCUCGACCGCACCACCCCACACAUCCGCCCGAAACAGGAGCUGGUGCCCUCUCCCCCACGCGCCAUUACCGCCGGUCCGGCAACAAUGCCGCCGCCGUCUGCGCUGCGUCCUCGGCGUCACACGGCGAUUGGGGCCACUACGUUGACGUGCGAGUCGACUACGCCGCCGCCGCCGCCAGUGCCGCCGCGUUCUGGGCUCGCGUCAUACAUUCUUGCCACCUACGCCGAGAAUGCCGAGAACGCUGACCAUCGUGAAGAAGCGGCCGUACAAUUCCUCUCGGGGAAGCGGCCAAAAAGCCGUGUGCUGCCGUACCGCGAUGGUGAGCGUCAAUUCAUCGAGCGCCAACGCGAAGUGUUCAAGCAACUCAUUUGA